UUUUCACCGGAAAAAAGAAACAUUGCUCCACACCCAAAUCUAAUAGAGAUAUAAAUCUCAGAUCAAAUCUAAAUCUGCCAAAAGAACAAACAAACAAAGAGGAAGAAAGCUAAGAGAAAAUGACGACCAUGGCGAGGACAAGCACUGGCCUCGCCUACCCGGACCGGUUUUACGCGGCGGCUUCUUUCGCUGGAUUCGACGGAUCUCCCAAUUCCGUCAAUAAAGACAUCGCCUCCAAGUUCUCCAAUGAAGUCGCCUUGAUCCUCUAUGCCUUAUACCAGCAGGCUACCGUGGGUCCUUGUAAUGUUCCAAAACCGAGUUCGUGGAGUCCUGUCGAGCAAGGGAAAUGGAAAAGCUGGCAAGAGCUCGGAAACAUGGCUUCUACAGAAGCUAUGCGUCUCUUUGUGAAAAUAUUGGAGGAAGAAGAUCCAGGAUGGUAUUCAAGGGCAUCUAACUCUGUUGAGCCUGUUAGAGAUGUACCAAAGAAUAAUAAUUCGAAUGUUGAACCUGUCAUUGAGAAUGGGAAUUCCAUUGCUGAGACAAAGACCAUUUCUGCUGAAAAUGGAAGCCUGAUGGAAGCUCAAGACAAAGAUGUUGUAUCAGAAGGCCUUCGUUCAGUUGUCAUAUAUGAUCAAUGGGUUUCACCUCCAAUAACUGGUCAAUGUCCUAAAGCCCGAUAUGAGCACGGAACGGCAGUUGUUCAGGACAAGAUGUAUAUAUAUGGUGGAAACCACAAUGGUCGUUACCUAAGUGACCUUCAUGUUCUAGAUUUGAGAAGUUGGACUUGGUCAAAGGUUGAAGCUAAUAUUGGAUCUAAGUCGGUGGAAUUGUCAUCUCCAGUAAAUAUAGCCCCAUGUGCUGGUCAUUCAUUGAUCCCUUGGGAGAACAAGCUUCUAUCAAUUGCUGGCCAUACAAAGGAUUCUUCUGAAACUAUCCAGGUGAAGGCAUUUGAUACGCAAACUGGUACAUGGUCAAUAUGGAAGACUUACGGAAAAGCACCGGUCUCUCGCGGAGGUCAAUCUGUGACCCUUGUUGGAUCCACCUUAGUGAUAUUUGGUGGACAGGAUGCAAAUCGAAUGCUCUUGAAUGAUCUGCAUAUACUUGACCUAGAAACCAUGACCUGGGAUGAAUUUGAUGCCGUGGGGGUACCUCCAUCUCCCCGAUCUGAUCAUGCUGCUGCCGUACAUGCAGAGCGUUAUCUUCUUAUUUUUGGUGGGGGUUCACAUGCAACCUGCUUCAAUGAUUUGCAUGUCCUAGAUUUGCAAGCGAUGGAAUGGUCAAGGCCCACCCAACAAGGGGAGAUACCAACUCCUAGGGCCGGUCAUGCAGGUGUGACUGUUGGGGAGAACUGGUUUAUUGUUGGCGGUGGAGACAAUCAAAGUGGUGCAUCAGAAACUGUUGUCCUUAACAUGUCAACCCUUGUUUGGUCAGUUGUUACAUCAGUUGAAGGACGUGUUCCUCUUGCUAGCGAGGGAUUAAGUCUGGUUGUGGGCUCCAUUGACGGGGAAGAUAUACUUAUAUCUUUUGGAGGAUAUAAUGGGCGUUACAACAAUGAGGUUAAUGUUCUCAAUCCCAGUCAUAAGUCAACUUUGCAAUCAAAGAUAAUGGAGGCCCAUGUUCCCGACAGUGUUUCCGCCGUGCAUAUUGCCACAAAUCCUACCAGAGAUUUGGAAUCUGAGCUUGAAGUUGGUCAAGAAGAAAAAAUACGAGAAAUAGGAAAAAUACGAGAAAUUAUUAUGGAUAACACUGACUCAGAGCCCAUGUAUAUGCAGAAAUCCAAAGGUGAGGAGACUAUUGAAUGCAUUAUAGCAACACUCAAGGCGGAGAAGGAAGAACUAGAAUCAUCACUCAACAAGGAAAAAUUACAGGCUCUCCAGCUGAAGGAAGAACUAACUGAGACUGAGACUCGAAACACGGACCUGUACAAGGAGCUCCAAUCUGUACGCGGUCAACUUGCUGCCGAGCAAUCAAGAUGUUUCAAAUUAGAGGUCGAUGUUGCGGAACUGCGACAAAAGCUUCAGACUUUGGAAACACUAAAAAAGGAACUCGAACUCCUGCAACGACAGAAAGCCGCAUCGGAACAAGCCUUGACAGCAAAGCAGAGGCAGGGAUCAGGUGUAUGGGGUUGGCUAGCAGGCGGCCCUCCACAAAACGGCCUCGAUGCCUGAAAAGCCCAAGUGAACAGUAAUUUCUAGAUUUAUUCAGAUUUGGUCAAUUUUCAGUUAAAAUAUAUUACUUAAUCAAAUUUCUUUCUAUGAUGGGAAUAAGAUAUCUAGUUAUAGCCCAAACCCAAAUGACCCCUUGAGGGUGGUUUUGCAUGUCUACAUAGAUUCUAGUUCCAGUUUUCUAUAGUUUUCCUUUAGCCAAUGUUGUAUCAGAAUUUGUAUUCAAAAUUGGUUAUUCGAGUGAAAAUUGAUUUUACGGCAAA